AUGUCUGCACCUUCAGCUAUGACCCAAACAAAUGGAGCUCCUUCCAGACCUUUACGGGGAAAGGUAUAUGCCAUCACUGGCGGUGCAAGCGGCAUCGGUUUAGCUACGUCGCAAAUACUCUCCCGCAAAGGCGCAACAGUGUGUAUUGCAGACAUUGAUCCUGAAGCUAUGAGGAAUGCUGAGAAGUACUUCGGUGGCAUUGGUGCUCCGCAUAUGAUUACAAGAGUGGAUGUUUUGAAGCGAAUUCACGUUGAUAACUGGAUCAUGUCCAUUAUUGACACUUACGGUCGUCUGGAUGGGGCUGCUAAUGUCGCGGGAGUUAUUGGCAAAGGCCAUGGAAUUAGGUCUGUUGCAGAGUUGGAAGACGAGGAGUGGGAUAAGAUUAUUGGUGUAAAUUUGACGGGCACAAUGUAUUGUCUGCGGGCGGAGUUGCGGAAUGUCGUUGACGGCGGUUCCAUCGUCAAUGUCUCGUCAAUUCACGGAUUAAAAGGCAAGCUGCGCUUCGCAAAACAUGCCGCCUACGACGCCAGCAAACACGGCAUGGUCGGUCUUACCAAAGCCGCCGCACUCGAAAACGGCGAUCGUGAAAUCCGCGUCAACUCGGUCGCUCCCGGCGCCAUCUACACGCCGCUCAUGCAAAAGAACUGGGAUUUUGUAGGCAGAGCCAAAGACGCGCCGUUUGAUGAUCCUUCUGCGUUUAAGAGGCAAGGUACGGCGGAGGAGACAGCAAAUGUUAUUGUGUUCCUGCUUGGCCCGGGGAGCACGUUUGUGAGUGGCAGUGUGUACCAGGUCGAUGGGGCUUGGAUAUAA